UUUAAUAAAAGAAAAGGAGGGUGGAGAUGCAAAUGGCGAAAAAUGAAGUUCCUUUGAGAAAAAAGUGGUGAUAAAAGGCAGAGAGAGCAUUCCCAAGUGAAUUGAAACAAAAAAAGAUUCGGCUUUAGCUUCAAUGCUUCAAGUAGUAACUAAGUAGUAAGUAAAUAGUAAUAGAUUCUUCUUUCUUCUGCCUCCCAUUCACUUAACUCGACUCUCAUGGCCAACAACCCUUCCGACCCUCCCGCCGACGACUUCCUCGAACAAAUACUCGGCCUUCCAACCUUCGCUUCCGCCGACCACUCCCUCGCCGGACCCGAUGUUUCCGCCCUCGCGCCGGGUGCCGCCGCUCCCAUGAUGCUUCAGCUCAACUCCGGCGAUGCUGGCCCUCAUCCCCUCGCCGGCGGAGGGGGCUUCCACGCUCCCAUGUACCAGCUAGGUCUCAGCUUGGACCAAGGGAAAGGAGCCGAUGGAGCAGCAGCAGCAGGAGUAGGCUUCUUGAAGCCACCGGAAGAGGCCUCCGGUAGCGGCAAGCGCUUUCGCGACGACGUCCUUGAUGCCAGAGCUAAGAAUGUUUUUCAUGGCCAACCAAUGCCUACUACUAUUCCGGCAGCUCCACAUCCUCCAACAAUGCGUCCUAGGGUGCGGGCUAGAAGAGGACAGGCUACAGACCCGCACAGCAUAGCUGAACGGUUGCGCAGAGAAAGAAUAGCAGAAAGAAUCAGGGCUCUGCAAGAACUGGUUCCAAGUGUCAACAAGACGGAUAGAGCUGCAAUGUUAGAUGAAAUUGUGGAUUAUGUCAAGUUCUUAAGGCUUCAAGUAAAGGUUUUGAGCAUGAGUAGAUUGGGUGGAGCUGGUGCAGUGGCACCACUGGUAACUGACAUCCCAUUAUCAUCAGUUGAGGAGGAAGGCGGUGAUGGUGGAAGAAACCGGCCGGCUUGGGACAAGUGGUCAAAUGAUGGCACAGAAAGACAGGUGGCUAAGCUUAUGGAAGAAAACGUUGGAGCAGCCAUGCAGUUUCUUCAAUCCAAGGCACUCUGCAUCAUGCCAAUCUCACUUGCAUCCGCGAUAUACCAAUCACAACCCCCGGACACCUCUAGUAUAGUGAAGCCUGAAGCUAACCCUCCUCCAUAGACCUUAGGUAUAUGGUGCAUGACUUCUUGGUCCCAUCUACCACUCACCUAAUACUGUGUGGCCCAUGAGUUAUUUGUCUGUUCCAAGGCUCCAUAAUUAAGUAAUUGGAAAGCAUCAAGUUGCAAUCAAA